UCCCAGAAUAUACUUACACUUCGUUAUACUUCAUAGGUCAAAAGGCAAGCAGAUAUGUUUGUUUUGAUGUACUAUAAAGGUUUAUUAACGUGUGAUGAUGAAACGUGUAAGCAUACAACGCGAAGUAUCAGCCUUCGGUUGGUUGGUGAUUCCGAGAGAGGAACUGUUUGUCCAAAUUAUCCUCGCUGCAAUGGUCGUCUGCUUAGAAAGUACACUGAAGCAGACUUGUACAAGCAGCUCUCGUAUUUUUGCCACGUGUUUGACACUGUUUCUUGUAUAGAAAAGAUGGAGGCCAAAUCUAGAAUAACUAUAGAGAAAGAGUUGAUAAAAAUUAGGCCGAUGAUUGAUCCAGCAGCUUCAACAGCGCAGAAGAUCAGGGACCGUUGUGCCUUUGGUUGGGUGAGACUGGAGGAUCUGGUCAUAUCAGUUUAAUCUGCAGGUUUGGUGUCCACCCGAAGCAGGGGUUUUUUUUAGCAGAGUGAUGAUGAAUUAUAAAUAGAUUAUCAAGCGUGAUUGAGCAAAUCAUGCUGGCAGAACUGGGCUCUUAUCAAUCUUCUAUACUAAUAUUUACUUGAUUGUGUAGCUGUA